GACUCAUUGGGGCUGAGAUCUCAGCUCCGUAACAGAGAACACCACCACUUCAGCUCCAACCCAGCAGAGAAGCACCCAGCCUAGGAUUCUAGGGAGAGGCCCCUCUCCGGGUCCCUCCCUCCACCAUGGAGUACCUCUCUAACCUGGACCCCAGCGGCCUGCUCAGGUCAGUAGCCAAUAUGAGCUCCGAUUUGGGCCGAAAGGUCUGGACCUCGGCUCCACCACCCCAGCGACCUUUCCGAGUCUGUGAUCACAAGCGGACCACCCGGAAAGGCCUGACAGCUGCUACCCGUCAGGAACUGCUAGACAAGGCUCUGGAGACCCUGGUGCUGAGUGGAGCGCUCACACUGGUGCUGGAGGAAGACGGGACCACCGUGGAGAGCGAGGACUUCUUCCAGCUGUUGGAGGAUGACACGUGCCUGAUGGUGCUGGAGUUGGGACAGAGCUGGAGGCCCCGCAGGAGCGGGGUGCUGCCGUACAGCCUGGGCCGGGAGAAGCCCAAGCACAGCCAGGACAUCGCCCGCAUCACCUUCGACGUGUACAAGCAGAGCCCUCGCGAUCUCUUCGGCAGCCUGAACAUCAAAGCCACGUUCUACGGGCUCUACUCCAUGAGCUGUGACAUUCAAGGACUCGGCCCAAAGAGAAUACUCAGGGAGCUCCUCAGAUGGGCCUCCUCACUGCUGCAAGGCCUGGGACACCUGCUGCUGGGCAUUUCCUCCACCCUUCGUCGUGCAGUAGAAGGGUCUGAGCGGUGGCAGCGGCAGGGCCGCCUUAAACCCUACUGAGGAGGGGGUCUGAGCUUCCCCCCAGCCUCACCCCAAGAGACAGACUGUAAAGGACUGUGACAGCAUCGAGCUUGGGGGCCUGCACGGUGCAGGCUGGCUAACUCACUGCUCUCCCCACUGUCCUCUGAUGUGGUAACAACAGGCCCGUCGGCAUGAUCCUUCCACUCCCAGCCUAUACCCGUUCCUGACUGCUACACCCCUUCCUGACCAUCGUUCCAGCCUCCCACUUACCCUGAAAGGCCACAGCCUGUCCCCAGGUGUCUGGAUCCCAUCCUGAUUGCCGCUACAUCUAGAAGGCAUUACCGCUCCCCUGCUGUCCCUAGGCUCCUCGGUGCCCUGAACAGAGCCCUCUCUAACUUCACCUUGAGAUCUCUAUUUCUUUGUACCCUUCCCCCUGCAACAUAACACAAGUGUUUCCAAUAAAAAUAUAAAAAUGUU